UUCAUAAAUCUUUUUUAACACUCCAUUCUUGUACGCAAAACCCCACCAAUAUCAGUCUCGGAGAGUUUGAGAACCGCCAUGGAUCCAUCGCCGACAAGCUUUCCAAUCCUCUCCUAUGUCAUGUCUCGUAUCACUUCUGGCCACUCGGCUCCCUUAUCAGGCACCGGCACCAGUUCCGGCUCCGUGCAUGUCGAUAUCGAGCAACCACCGCCGCUGUUGAUGGAGCAUAUGCCCCGUUUGAAGGACCCAGAGCUCCUGGCCGCCAUGACUAAGGCCGUCACCGACGUUGCCCAGACCCGAUCGGUCCUCCAGUCCCUCGGCGAACGUCCCGACCACGAGGCCAUCGACCUCGCCAAGGCCAAGAUCUCUGAAAUCGAAUCCAAUCUCUCCAUGCAGCUUGAGGAGAUCGUCCUGGAGCCUUGCCCCGAGGGCGUGAAUCGGCUAGACUGGAGGACUCAGCUGGAGGAGAAGGAGAAACAAGCCCGACAGGCAGCCGAGAAGGUGAAGAGCAUCUACAAGGCGGUGGUGCAGUUGGAUGAGAUGCACGAGGCCUACGAGAAGCUCUUGAGGGAUGCUGAGGACAAGCUGAUCAAUAUAUAUCGCUCUGCCACUCUCGAACCGGAGGAUGGAGAUUCUCAGCGUCAGGAUGAUGUCUCAUCGCCUCUAGAUGAAGAGGUGAAUGAGGAUGUUGUUGCCAUCUUGCAAGAGGCGUCAGCGAAGGAAUUGGACAGGGUGGAGCUUAAGGGGCGUCAAUUGAGGUUUCUCCCGGAGGAGUUCGGGAAAAUUCGUGGCUUGGUCUCUCUCAACCUUUCUAGCAAUCAACUCGAGGUCAUUCCCGAUUCAAUAGGUGGACUAGAAAAUCUCGAGGAGCUGAAUCUUUCAAACAACCUUUUGGUAUCACUGCCAGAUUCCAUUGGAUUGUUGAUUAACCUGAAGAUCCUUGAUGUCUCAACAAAUAAGCUUCCAGCUCUACCUGAUAGCAUCUCCCAUUGCAUAUCAUUGGUGGAGCUGGACGUGAGCUUCAAUUCUCUGACAUACUUACCGACAAAAAUUGGGUAUGGACUAGUGAAUUUGCAGAGGCUCUCAGCCCCUCUCAAUAAGCUCCGUUCUAUUCCAACAUCCAUUUGUGAAAUGAGGUCUUUGCGCCAACUUGAUAUCCAUUUCAAUGAGCUCCGUAGUCUGCCGCAAGCCAUCGGGAAAUUGACCAGUCUUGAGAUCCUGAAUCUGAGCAAUAAUUUCAGUGACCUGACAGCGCUUCCUGAGACAUUUGGAGAUCUGACAAACCUCAGGGAACUUGAUCUCAGCAACAAUCAAAUCCAUGCUCUUCCUGAUACGUUUGGUCGGUUGGACUACUUAACUAAGCUCAACUUGGCGGGGAACCCACUGGUCAUUCCGCCAAUGGAAGUGGUGAAUAAAGGAGUUGAAGCUGUCAAGGAAUUUAUGGCGAAAAGGUGGCUUGACAUUCUAUUAGAGGAAGAACAUAAGAGCGCGCAAGAAGCAAACAACCAAGGUCAGGCUGGGUGGUUGACUCGCAGCACCGCCUGGUUGAAUAACUUUGUUACUGGAUAUUUUGCAGCUGGUGCAAGAUCACCAAGAGAACCAUAUCUGAACCAGCAGUUAUGAUUCAUGAUCCUCUGGCUUAUGUUGCUGUAUAUUUUU